CUCACGUGAACGGAAUACAGUCACCUGACAGCAGUACCAGUCAGCUGGGCGUCGAAGCUGUAAACACAGCAAGUCAUCAUGUAUCUCGUUGGAUUGACGGGUGGAAUUGCAUCCGGCAAGAGCACUGUAUCAAGCUUCUUUAAGGAACUCGGAUGUCCAGUCAUUGAUGCUGACUUAAUCGCUAGAGAAGUGGUUGAGCCCAACAAACCAUCCUGGAAACAGAUUGUUAAGCACUUUGGCAAUGACAUACUUCAAGAGGACGGUACCAUUGACCGGGCUAAAUUAGGGGGAAUCAUCUUCAGUAAUGAUGAGAAGAGGCGGUUACUAAACUCCUGCACGCAUCCUUACAUACAGAGAGAAAUGAUGUGGCGGGUUUGCAAAUGUUUGCUACAAGGUUAUCCAUAUGUUAUAAUGGAUAUUCCACUCUUGCUUGAAGGCAGUGCUUUGCGAAGAUUCCUGCGGAAAGUUAUUGUGGUCUACUGCAAUGAGGAGACUCAACUGACAAGACUGAUGUCUCGUAACAACCUCAGCCAAGAGGACGCCCUCGCGAGAAUAAACGCGCAAAUGCCUCUCGCGGAGAAACGCAAACACGCUGACUAUGUCAUCGACAAUUCCACCACUAUCGCCGACACCAGAUUGGCAGUGGAAUACCUUCACAGACAGUUCAGUAACUCUUACGCCCAUUGGAAGAUGAGGCUUAUACUCGUUCUUGGGAGUCUAGGGUUCGGAGUUGCAGUGUACGGCAUCAUGAAAAUGGUUUCAAGAUUAUGAUAAUUUUCCCUUACUGGAAAGGGCCCAGAAAAAGUCGACCAAUUUCAUACAGCUGCUUCCGCACAAAAAGUUUGCCAACCCCAACAAAAUUAUGUUAAACAGAAAAGGGUUUCCAGCUAAAAUGGCAUUGUUACAUGUACAAAUUUCUUAGUUUUGCUGAGCAAAAAAAUGAUUAGCAAUAUUUUUUUAUUUUCUGCUUUAAG